AUGGACACAUCCAACGGCCUCCCAAUUCAAGAGCAAGUAGACAUUGCCGAUGUCACAAUCAACGAUGUCCUUGCCGCCGAUCAAAUUGAAAAAAUACUGAUCAGCGGACUAGAAGAAAUACCUUUAAAGACGCGUAUUGAAAAUGGUCUCAAUAAUAUUGUUAUUGAUAAAAUGAGAGGGGUUUUGUGUGAUGAUCCUGAGAUUCUUUUAUCUGCAAAGCACUAUAAAAUUGAACCUGAAUCUCGGUUCAAAGUUUUGAACACCUCGAGAGUAGAAUUCUACAUUCAACCUGAGCGUUUCGAUGCUUGGCUCCUGAAGCAUCAAAGGCCUAUCUCCACCAACUUUGUGUUGGCAAAAAAAUACGAUUACAAAGUUGACAAUCAGUAUCGCCUUUCCUAUGAAUGCCAAUGUGCUGGCAAGAAGCGCAUAAGAAAAGAUAGAGUUCAAGGAGGUGUCACUGGCAAGACUAGAAAUCGUGCUCCAGGAAUUAAACAAGGAUGUGGAGCAAAAAUCUUCGCUACGCGUGCGCGCGAACAUAUAGAGACUUGAAAUUCGAGAGGGUUUGAAGGUCUUUUUAUUUGGCAAACGGGAAGUGAUACACUGCUGGUGGAGUCAUUCACCACGAAGGGGGCUUCUUAUGAGAUCAAAGUUGACUUUUCAAGAUCUCCCACUGGGCAUAUCAUGUCGUGCUCCUGUCACUAUUUCUUCAUGAACCACACUUGUUGUAAACAUAUCGCUUUGGCUCAGCUAGAAUAUCAUCCAGUGACAUUCUUUCGUGUUGAUCAAUGGGAGCAUGAGUCCAAGUUCCAGCCGGGGAUGCUUGAGCCUCUUGAGGAGGAGCAUUCUGCUAAUCCAACUCCUGACGUUGACCAUAUUGCAAUUUAUAUUCAACGUUUGACGCUCUUAGAAGAACUCAGGGAUAAAAAUGCUGACUUUCCACAAAGAAAGCAAAUUGAAAGGGACCUGUAGGCUGUACUAGAGCGUUUCGAGGCAGUGUUUCCCCGGCGAGAGGGACAGGGACUUGAGAAUAAGCGGCC